AUGAUUGUAGUGGCUGUUGUUUCAUCACGCUUCCCAGAGAGUAGUCCAGGCUUACAAAUGUUGGAACGGGUUUACCAAAGACAAAACCGGAACAGGCGCCACCCGUGCGUAGAAUCCAAAACUGACAUGUUCCGGGUACUUCAGUAUGAUAUUAAUAAAGCUGCAGGGGAAGUUGAGAAUCGACGUCCAUUGCUACUCACUCGACACAAUGUCGUCCCAGGCAUGGUGCUUAUUUAUUGUCACGGUAAUUUGCUUUUCUGUGAUCACAUAUUUAAUGGAUACGGUUGCGCAGAAGACGACUUCCGACAUCAAUUGCGACAGUGCCAUACACGAGCACUAAAAUCUUUCUCGCUACCCAGAGACUUCCGGUUCAGUCCUGCACGCGGUAAACAAGGAAUCCGAACUCCAUGGGGUGGUGAGAUUGGUGGGGCUGGAGUUGACUUUCAUGGCCACCCUGGUCUAGAUGUUUGGUCAGUGCCUCCGAUUAGUACACGGGCUUCCACAUUAUCUCCAAAAUUACCUAACGUUAAUAGCACAGACAAAAGGACAACCAAUGGCUGUGCAAGUCAGAAUAAACAGUACGAAGACAAAGAUUGUAAAGAGAAAACAGGAAAUGCAGGACCUUUACUUGCACGACGUCGAACUCCGACCAAAAAUGAUACCUGCCCUCCUCGUGUUGCAACAAAUUCGACUUUGAAGAACAUCAUGUUACUGCGUAACAAUUCCAGAUUCACUGCUCAACGAAGAUCAAAAUUCACCGUGCUCAACGAAGAUCAAAACGUUGACACCGUGCCUCCAACUACUACCGCUGCUUUAGCGAAGCCUUCCUCUGAAUAUACACGGCUCAACGAAGAUCAAAACGUUGACACCGUGCCUCCAACUACUACCGCUGCUUUAGCGAAGCCUUCCUCUGAAUAUACACGGCUCAACGAAGAUCAAAACGUUGACACCGUGCCUCCAACUACAGACAGCACCAAACAUUCUAGCUCUCCGUCUGGCAUAACCAUUUGUCCAGUUGUAGAAACCGUAACUUCUGACCAUGUCUCAACCCAAACAGACUCGAAACUAGCAGAAUCUAGAUCUAGUGUAGAAGCCAGUGUACAAGCUGGAUCGGCGACCAACGAGUCUUCGGGAUUAGAAGAACCCCAAAUCACAUUCGACGAAGUGCCACUCUUCAGGAACCGGUUCAGUGAAAACCACAAUUCCCAAUGUCCCCCUUCGGUGAAUUGGAAUAUCAUAUGCGGGACAUACAAAGAAUCCUGGUGUUCUCAUACUAUCAAGAAGAACAGAUACACUCUUAGCUGCAUGUUGCUCUACAUGAUAAUGACUACCUUUCUCACUCGCGUCUUUCACCUUGACUCGGAAUUUUCAUGCUUAUCUACCUGUUCUCUAUAUGAUGACAUUCUCGACUUUAACGCAAUUUCUUUACUGGUAUCUGGCAUAUCUCUAGCUAUCCAGUUAACACUGGACACCUACGGCGUUCAUAGUAGAAGUGCACUUCUUUUUAAUAUCGUAAUGUCAACUAUACAAAUGAUGCUUUACUUUGUGACUUUUGUACGAAUCUACCACUGUCGCGGUUCUCUCUUCGACUACCUUUUCCCAGCUUUGACCUUUGUGAUGUGUAUUGGCUAUGCUUGCUUAGGGAUUGUCACUCUUCCCAAAAUACUGGGUUGUUCAAAUGUCUAUUAA